AUGUACUCCUACAAUCAGAUCAACUUGAAGAACACCAGCUUCUCGCACAUGCCAAAUGCAAGAAAUGCAGUCAUGGUGCAGCCUGUCAUGUACCUCGCUAUCAUGCAAGCAACGUGCUUGUCAGCCCUCGCAAUCAUUACGUCUUCAGCGCAUCCAACAACAUUGUUUCUGGGAAAAGACGAGAUUAGUGUGCAAAAUUUGGCUUCAUACCAGUACACAGCCAACCAACUUGAUGCAACUAGCAAGACAAGCAAGAGCAAUGGAAAGCUUGAACAAGAGAUUGGUGCGAUUCGAGUCAUUUCAGUCCUUCCAGGAUCACCUGCAUCGACACUUACCCGCAUCAAGGCAAAGGAUCAAAUCAUUUCAAUUAACAGCAAACCUGUCGAAGAUAUGAAAAUUCCUGAAAUCGUAAAAAGCUUUAAAGAUGAGCCAGAUCGGAAUUUUGUUACUUUGGAACUCAGGAAUGAUGAGGGAUCGUUCUUUGCAACAAUUCCAUUGUCUAUGACGAAUAGCAAUUUAUAUUUGUACUCCAAUGAAAACUCAGAUUACAUUGGAAUUCCCCAGAGAUACACGAAUGAAGCGUAUGUACAAUCAAGGAAGCAGAUGCAGCGUGAAAAUGAGUACGAAGAUGGUGGUCAAAGGAAUGCAAAUAAUCCUCAAGAUGAGAAUUCAGCCCCCUUGACCUUGGGAGAGGUUUGUAUCAUCCUCAUGGAGAGUGUGCAGUACGUCGAACUACAAGGAAUGAAUUUUCAAAACGCUCUCUUCAACGACAUUAUGAAAGCUUUCAAUUUCAUGAACUUUGAACUCGAAUUAUUGGAAUGCGAGAAUGGCAGGGAACCAUUCACCAUCAAGUGUAGGUUAGCAAUGAAGUCCCUCUUGCAGAUGGAAGCAGAAUUUGAAACGACUAUUCGACGACUGCGCAUGAAGAAAGAAGAAGUCUCGAAUACUCUCAAGCAACUUCCAGUCACUCGAAGAGCAAUCUUCUUCAGCCUUGAGUUCACAACGGGCGACAAAAUUCUGUUCAUGGACUCAGAUGGUUCAUCAGAUGAGAACAACUUUAGCUCAGGCAGUUCACCAGGUCACUCCCUCUUGAACCUUCUCUCCCAGCUGAAAAAAGUCAACAUGUCAUCAAAUGGAGCUUCAGACGAGCUUUACAGAGAUUCUCAGAGCGUGAACAGCUCAAUCAAUCAAGGCAUUGAAAACGAAAUUCGCAAAACGUUCGAAGAGACUUCUCAAGUCAAACAUGAGACAGAGAAAAUGAAGGGAAGAAGCUUGAAUCCUGAAGAAUCAUUGACGUUCAUGACGUGA